AUGUGUAAAAAAUUUAGUACAAAUUUACAGCAAUCUUAAUCCAUUAUUUUUAAGAAAGAUAUCUUGGAUAUUAGUAUAAGUAUUAGAUAUUCUAAUUAAAACAGUAAUCUCCAGAAUUCUCAUAUAAAAAGGUAAUAAAUAGAUAUUAAAUUCAUAUAUUUAUUUAUUAAGCUGAAGAACGAUUACGAGUUUAUUAAGACUCUUCACAAAGAGGAAGGGAGACUAAAGAUAUAACAAGUAAAGCUUAAAGAAAGCCAAACGCCUGAAUAUUUCAUAUCCCUUCAUUUAAUCAAUAUCAAUAUUUCUGAUUAAGAUUUGACUAAGAUGAGGAAAUUGAAAUAUCUAAACAUUAUUCAGCCUCAGAAUUACUAUGAAGAAGGAAAAGAGAGGAUUUUAAUAUUCCCAGACUGUGUAGAAUUAAAGUUAACAAAUGAAUAAUUGGCCCAAAAUUAUUAUAGAAUUUUGCUUUAGUUGGCUCUAAGUAAGUUUUGAAUCUAAAGAUAGCAUAUGCUGAAUUUGAGAAACGAUAAGUUAAUUGGCCUCUCAACGAAUUGAAAUAGCUAUACUAUGCAUAGGGAAUACUAUAUAUUUCUUUGUUAGAUUUAGAUUUUAUAAGGCCCAUUCCCAACCAAAGUCCUUUUUUAAUUUUUAAAGACUUUACUCUCAAAAACUUUUCCUAAUACAUACCAAAUUUACAACAUUAUUUUUAAUAGAAUUAGUUCAAACCAGUGAUUGAAUUUCUAUUAGAGAAGAGUGGCAACUUCCAUAGAGUUAAUUUUAUGUAUCCACCUUAUGAAAAUGUGUUAAUGUUUCUUCUAUCUCAGAACAAUCCAAUUAAACUCCAACCUAUAUAUGAAAUGGGUAACUCAGUUGUAAAGAGUUUCAAAACACCAGAAUCCCUUAAUAUAACUUAUCCUAGACUAGGAGAUUAAAUAGUUUACAAAUCAACCAGAUUCCAAUCAGAAGAGUUUAAAGAAUAAAUCUCAUAAAACAUUCAAAGAGAAAUUGAGUUAAUGGAGUAAGCUUUUGAUUCGCAAUAUGCAGUCACAUGUUUUGCCUAUAUUAGAAUUUACGAAUAUUCUUUUCUCUUAUAAAAGAAAUUCGUACAAACCUUAGCAGAGUUUUUAGUCGGUUGGCGCAAAAAUGAGCAAAAUAGAGAGGAAAGAUAGACGAUUAAAGACGUACUCCUUAUUGCAAAUAGAUUUGCAUUGGGUAUUAAUUAAAUGUUAUAAAGCCCUUAAAUCAUUAAAAUCAUUCAAUAUUCUCCACAGAGAUCUUAAGCCAGAGAAUUUGUUUUUAGAUCACCUUGAGAUUCAUAAAAGUUACAUAUAUAUUGCUGAUUUUGAUCGUUCCAAAUAAUUUCAAGGAUAAUUGGGUGAUAUUAUGACUACUUAAAAUGUUUAGAAUACUCCAAAGUAUGAUCCUCCAGAAACUACCUAAUCUUUUUAUUAUGACGUCUAUUAAUUCGGUCUCAUUAUCUUAACCAUAAUGAACAAAGGCAAGUACAUUGGAAAUGAAUUGGGAGGAUCAAGAUAUUUCUCCUAAGAGGAUCACAAUAAGUAUUAUAGCAAAGAAGCCAUCAAAAAUGCUCUGAGUCAUACAAAAUACAAUGAAUAGUUUAUUGACAUCAUUUCUUAGUGUUUACAGAGAGAACCAAAAUAGAGGCCUGAUAUCUAAUAGAUAUACUCAAUUAUUAAUCCAUUAUAUUUAGAUACAAAAAUAUAGACACGAUAAACUUUACCUCAUGAUUCUUCAACAUAGUAAAUUUAAUAACCGGUCAGAUACUAAAGUAACCCUUCAAGUAAUGCAAUGACUGAAUCUAAUUUUCCAACACCAAAUCAACAGAUGUCUUCAGAUUUUAUAUACUAGUCUAAUUUUGAUGAUCCUUAAUAAUAACAGCCAUUUCAACAUUAUCAACAGUCUCUCGGCCAACAAUAGAUUCCAUUACCACAAUAGAUUAUAUUUCAAUAAUAGAAUAAUUAUCAAUAAUAGUAACCUAAUAAUUAGUUUACUUAGUCACCAUUUUAAGAUUUUUCUGCAAGCACAGGAAGAGUUAUUAAAUUUAGUUCAUAAGAAUAGAAUCAUCCUAAUAACAAUAAUUAGGAUUAAUAGUAAAUGUAUUAUAUUUAAAAUCCUUAAAACUAUGGAAAUUAAUUCAAUAACAACAACAACAACAACUACAACAACUAAAACAACUAUAAUUAAUUUCAAAGUAAUUAUGCGUAUUAGAAUAACUAAGGCAAUCAAUUCUAAAAUUUCAGUAAUUAAGAAUCACCGACUUAAGUUUCUCCUACUUAAAAACAAGCCUCUACUCCAAAAUAGAAUCAAAUUUAUGUAAAUCCUAAAAUAAAAGUUAUAUCCAUGUAUUAGUUUUCAAUAUAUUUUAGUAACUCUCCUACCCAAGAUUAGAAUAAUUAAAGUCCAGAUCAGUAAACUCCUCAAUGAAAAAAAAAUGAUUGUGUACAAUAAUUAAAUGUUAUAAAUUAAC